AGAGAGAUGCAGGCUAAAGUUGAGAAAGAGAUGGGUUCCGUACAAGAUCCCGCUGCUGCUGCUACAUCCCAGGUGAACCGAGAGGAAAUUGAUUCUCGAUCUGUUUUUGUUGGUAAUGUCAGGCUUCCUUCUUCAACUUUUCUGAUUAAGUAGUUCUUGGGAUUUGGUGGAAGAGUUCUAGUAAUGUGUCUGAGCUAGGAAAAAAACUAAAUUUACUCUUCUACUUGUGUGAACAGACUAUGACUUUAAGGAGAAAGAAAUAGAACAGAGGGGUUAGGCAGAAAAUAAAGAAUAAAAAGCCCAUCUACCCCACAACAUCAACCAUGCCAAAACAUUCUCUAAGAUUUCACUCUUAACCCCUCUAUGCCUUGGGUUAAUGGCUUAUCUCAAAAAAAAAAAAAAAAAAAAAGUCUCAGGGUUAAUGGCUUUAUUAUGUCAGAAAAAGAAAAGAACAAAAUGGUCUAACUGUUGACAAAAAUGAAAGAAAUGCUUUUCAAAAUGGAUGGUUGGAUGAGGAAGAAAGAUAGGAAGAAACAACUAGUAAAAAAGAACAAAAAAUUUCUAUAUGAAGAGUAAGAGUGAUCAUCGUGUGAGGAGUUUGAACUGAAGCUGUAGGAACAUCAUAUGGUAUAUAGGCAUGUGUUUCUGGUUUGGAUGGAUGGUGAAAUAAAACGGUUCCCAAUCAUUCAGUCGAAAGAAUGUUCGUUGAAGAGUAAAGCCUAGCCAUUGGUAUUUGCUGUUUUAAAUGCAGAGCCAGAGUUCUGCUCUUGCUGGUGGUAAAUGCUGAAAGGAUAUCUAGGUGUUUGGUGCUUAUGGUAGACUAUUCAUGUACUCCUGAAGAAGUGCAGCAGCAUUUCCAGUCUUGUGGGACUGUAAAUAGGGUCACGAUUCGUACUGACAAGUACGGCCAACCAAAAGGGUAUGCUUAUGUGGAAUUUCUUGAACCAGAGGCAGUCCAGGAGGCUCUCCUUUUAAAUGAAUCUGAAUUACAUGGCCGUCAAUUGAAGGUUACUGCUAAGCGGACAAAUAUUCCAGGAAUGAAGCAAUAUCGUCCUCGACGAUCUAAUCCAUUUAUGGCGCCUCGAGCCAGAGGCCCAUAUAUAGCUCCAUAUAUGUUCUCUCCUUAUGGAUAUGGGAAGGUUCCGAGAUUCAGAAUGCCAAUGCGUUACAGUCCUUAUUAUUGAAGAUUCAAUUUUUGAUGAGGAGAAAGAUGUUAUCCAACAAAAAUCUUGCCCCUUUUUAUUCCCUAAUGUUUAUAGUGAGAUCAGUGAGCAACUUUCCACCAGUUUGGUUGAUGUAGUGCAAGAAUUUGAGGAUUUAGUUCCUUUUGGUCUUGAACAAUGUAGUGAUGAUGAUUGUGCUUGUGAUGUUACCUUCUAUAUAUUUUCACAUAAGGAUUUUUCAUUUCAACCCCUUGUUUCGAUGCCUGCAAAUUCUCAUGGUCACCGACAGACUAUUUCGCAAGUGCGAUAUGGACAAUGGAGCUCACCCAAUUACUCG